AUGGCCGAACGACUAGAAGUUGACCCCACCAAGAUACCUGCACCCGACUUUGCGAAUGCAAACACCCCCGAAAUCACCACAGAAGAGCUCGCCGCCCAACGCCUCAAAGCUCAGUGGGAGGCUCACAUCGAGGGACUAAAAGUCCAGUACGAGGCACAACUGCAGGAAGCAGAGGCUUUGAGAAAUCAGAGAAUACAAGAGGCAGCAGAUGCUGAGAAACUCGCCGCAGCGGAACAGCAGGAGAAAGAGAAAGAGUUAGUGAAAGAGUCAGAGAAGAAACGCCAACCUAUAUACAGUUUUCAGAAAGGAGUCGGGGUGGACUCUAUCCCACUGCAGCUUCACCCAUACGCCAAGAAGAUGAUGACUGCCAGGAAGUACGUGCCUUUAUGGUACUUCCUCCCUGAUGCUGCGACAGAAGCAAAGGAACGCAGCAAGGAUUCCCUAGACACCAAUCACCUUCAGUUUGCAGUGGAAGAUGGCGACACCCUCUCAGGUUCAACCAUCUCCCUAGUGGGAUCUCACACCGUUCGCGCCUCACCAAAUGCCAUCCCCGAUUCCCGGCUAUCCUGGUCCCAGGUCAUGCGAGCGAAAAGUGCUUUCCUCAGCGCGUUAGGAUUAGGAACAUGGCCAGACAACUACAUAUCCAUGUUCGCGGCCUUCUACAUCAACAUGGACAUGCACCGCGAGCUACAGGAGCAAGAUGGAGACCGGGUAAUGGCUCAUUACCACGCAGAGAUGCGUCAGGCGUGGUACGACGCAAUGGAAAGGAAGGAGCCUUUCGACCUUUCGGUAAUUUCGGACAGAGUGAUUGGAGAAAGCUGCUGA